CAAGUAGCCUGUUUCCGGCGGAGGUGGGUGACGACAUCUUGUUGUACGGACUAGGCUAGUUAUGGUGAUCUGCUGCGCUGCUCCGAGUUGUACCAAUCGCCAAGGGAAGGGAAAAAAGGGAGAUGUAUCCUUCCACAGGUUUCCUCUGAAGGAUCCUGUUCGUCUCUCUCUCUGGACAAAUGCACUGCAACGUGAUAAUUGGACUCCUGGGCCUUAUUCUUUCCUCUGCAGUGAUCACUUUAGUCCAGAGAGCUUUGUCCGACGCAUGCCAGACCAAAGCCCGCUUCUUACAGCAAAUGCUGUGCCCUCCCUAUUUAUGGACUCUUGUGGAAGGAGAAUGAGAGGAACAGAGCUUCAUGUCUCUGGAGUGAGAAGGAGGAAAAAGGCCCCAAAAUCAAGACCAGUCCUUAUUCAGGAGGGGAAUUUUGUUGAAUUGUCUAGUGAAAAUGUUUGUGCUGAAAGCCAAAACCAUAUUAUUGUUACUGAUGAUUUCAAAGACAGUGGUUGCUUCCUUACACAUGAUGUGUCUGGUAAUAGUUCCAGUGCAUGUAAAUUCAUUUCCUGCUUACACUCCUAUAGCAGUUCAGCUAAGUCACCUCUUUCCCAGAACGUUACCAAAGUGAACCUUCUUUCUCAAACAGUGGAUGUCAUCAAACUAUCUUCUCAUACACCAACCAGCGAGGACUUACCUUACCAAGUCAGUGGUGGUACCCCGCCUGAUGACAAAAAUUCUGGCAACAGCCCUCAUGUAGAAUUUAGUAUUGAUAAAGGACAUCAAAUUAUUUGCACUGUAAUGAAGGAAACGCACAGUGAAAACAUAGAGUCGUCUGCAGUAGAGCCUGUGGACCCCAGUUCUCAAUCAGAUAUGCAAAUCUUCCCUAUUCAGCCGGAAAAUGACUCUGCCCUUUACCAUGACAUACAUUCCCUUCAUUCUUACUGCUUCCCAUCAAAACCACCUUCUGGACAUAGAAAUCAUCUAAAGAAGAAAGAGAGGGGUAUAAAAGGCAGAGGCGAUAAUUACUGCUGUUCACAGUCCGUUCUGGAACUGCAGUCGUCCCCUCCUCUGAAUCCUGUGGUUUCUCCACUUGCAUGGAUGUUGGGGACCUGGGUGUCUGAACCUGCUGGUGUGGGCAAAUUUCCCACAAUUGAACCUUUCCGAUAUAUGGAGGAAGCAACCAUCACUCACGUGGGACAGCCAAUGCUAAACUUCACGUUCUGUGCCUCUAAUGCUGACACAGGAAAGCCAAUGCACAGAGAGUGUGGAUUCAUCCGAAUCAAACCUGGCACCAAUCAUGUGGCCUUCAUUAGUGCUCAGAAUACAGGUGUUGUGGAGGUGGAAGAAGGAGAAGUGGAAGGAAAUCAGCUCCGUCUGACUUCACAUUCAGUCAGCAGAAUCAGCUUUGCCAAAGAUCCUCAUGUCACGCAGAUAUCACGUAAAUUCCGCCUGACCCCCGAGGGCAAAUUGGAACAGACUGUACAUAUGGCUACCAGCUCACAGCCAUUGGCUCCUCAUUUGCAUGUAACAUACAGGAAGGUGACAUCUUAAGGUUCAGGUGCACGAAGCUGCAAGAACUGUAUGGAUUGUCAGAAUUUCAAGAUGGCUGUUCCAUAUCCUAAUAAAAAAGUGUUACUUUCCAAAAA